GUUCUGUGGCCCGAGCGGUCGGGGCUGCAGGCUGGCCCUCAUGGCGGGCGGGGGCUCCGUCCUCAGCAGGGAACUGCCGGGUGGGCAGAGACCCCUCCGUGACCUCGGGAGGAAUAGCUGGAGCCGUCCAAACACCCUGAAAUUCCUCCUUGGGCACCGCCUUCGCAGCAGCGGCCUGCUCUUCCUUCUCCGUCUGUCUCCUCAGCAUCUCUGUGGAAACGGAGAUCGAGCUGACCUCCGAGGGCUGUUCCUGGGAGACGGUCCGCGCACGCGCGGAACUUCCGGGACCGGCGUCCACCACUCCAGACCCACCAAGCGAGCUGCCUUGUUGUUGCUUGCGGACUAUGGCAGUGUCCUCGUGGCGCAGAGGAGAGUCUGGGUCCCACGGGGCGGCAGUGAGCAGGUUCACAUAAGACGCCUCUGUGAGAGGCUGGUGGUCAGCCCUGGGAUCAGUAGCCACCAGAAGUCUCGGCUCCGGGAGGAAGGCUGCCUGGAUCUGCUCAGCGAAGGUUCCAGGAACGAAGCGGCCAGCGGUAGGAGUGGCCUCAGGGGCAGCAGCGAAGUUCAGCACAGCUCACUGGCCGGUGUUCCUGGAAGAUGUGACGCUGGCCUCGGCCAGGUAGCACGAGCUGCCAGAAGCCGCUCCUCUGUCCUCGUCAGAUUUACGUGGCACUUUGGAAAAACCAAUAGGUUGGAAUGGAAGUGAUAAAUGUCAUAUCUGUGGGGAAAUAUGUCAGUUGACAAUGAAAGACCCACCAGCACUUUCCUUGCAAUCGUGA